AAGGCGCCUAGCGUGUUCUUGAGGAAAAAUGCUCCUUCGUCGUCUUGAGACUGUCGCACGCUCCUUCGAUCGAACUCUGAUGAUUCCAGAGUUCGCUUUUCUUCAGAUUUCUGUUUUUCCGAUUUUUGUUUGAUUUAAGGGUUUUGUUUCCGUGUUCCUGAUCAUACAGCAUCUGAGAUUGUUUGAUUUCCGGUUCUCUUAAUUUUGUUUGCUCUGAGAAUUUUGGUUCCUAGAAUCCGAAGAUGUUGGAGGAUCAGGUCGCGUACUUGUUGCAGAGGUACUUGGGGAACUAUGUGAGGGGUUUAAAUAAGGAAGCUCUGAAGAUCAGUGUCUGGCAAGGAAAUGUAGAGCUGACUAAUAUGCAGCUGAAGCCAGAAGCACUCAAUGCUUUGAAAUUGCCUGUGAGGGUUAAAGCUGGAUUUCUUGGAUCAGUGAAACUCAAAGUCCCAUGGAGCAGGCUUGGACAGGAACCUGUAGUUGUUUAUCUUGACCGUAUAUUUCUGUUAGCUGAACCUGCAACUAGUGUUGAAGGAUGUAGUGAGGAUGCUAUUCAGGAGGCGAAAAGAAAUCGAAUACGGGAAAUGGAGAUGAGGUUACUAGAAAGAGCUCGUCGAUUAAAAACAGAAAUGAAUAAAUCAUGGUUGGGUUCUUUGAUCAACACAAUAAUCGGAAACUUGAAGCUUUCAAUAUCAAAUAUUCACAUCAGAUAUGAAGAUCUAGAGAGCAACCCUGGCCACCCGUUCUCAGCUGGUGUUACUCUAGAGAAACUCUCAGCCGUAACAGUUGAUGAGAGUGGGAAGGAGACUUUUAUUACUGGUGGAUCUCUGGAUUCCAUCCAUAAGUCCGUUGAACUUGAUCGGCUUGCAUUCUAUCUUGAUUCUGAUAUGUCACCAUGGCAUAUUGACAAACCAUGGGAGGAUUUGCUUCCUUCCGAGUGGGCACAGAUAUUCAAAUAUGGAACCAAGGACAGUAAACCAGCUGACCGUCUCACGAGAAAGCAUUUCUAUAUUCUGCAACCUGUAACAGGGAAUGCGAAGUACUCGAAGUUGCAAACGAAUGAACAUUCCAACCCUGGACUGCCUUUGCAGAAGGCAUCUGUAAACUUAGAUGAUGUGACACUCUGUUUAUCAAAGGGUGGAUACAGGGAUGUCAUGAAGUUAGCUGAUAAUUUUGCUGCGUUUAAUCAGCGCUUGAAGUAUGCACAUUACAGGCCACGCGUUCCAGUGAAAUCUGACCCAAGAUCAUGGUGGAAAUAUGCAUACAGAGUUAUUUCGGAACAAUUUAAGAAAGCAAGUGGGAGAAUGUCAUGGGAGCAUGUUCUGAAGUAUGCUAGUCUACGGAGGAGAUAUAUAACCCUUUAUGCUUCACUGCUGAAAUCUGAUAUCAGUAGAUCAGUGGUAGAUGACAAUGAAGAAAUUGAGGCCCUUGACCGGCAACUUGAUAUCGAAGUGAUUUUGCAAUGGAGGAUGUUAGCUCACAAGUUUGUCGAACGUUCAAUAGAAACUGAAAAUUAUUUGAAGGCGCAAAAGGCUCAAACUUCAUGGUGGCCAUUUGGAGGAAAGAGUCAAGUGUCUGAAGAUGAAGGAGAAUCAGUUCAUUUCAGCGAUGAAGACUGGGAACGAUUAAAUAAAGUCUUAGGGUACAAAGAAGGCGAUGAUGAACAAUCUGUUAUCACGAAUGUGAAACCUGAUGCUCUUCAUACUUUCUUGGAGGUACACAUGAAGCGUAAUGCUUCCAAACUUUACAAUGGAGAGAAGGAAUGCCUUGCUGAAUUAUCAUGUGAAGGCCUUGAUUGCUCCAUUAAGCUUUUCCCAGAGACAAAGAUCGCUGACAUUAAAUUGGGAAGAUAUCGGUUGUCAUCACCCAGUGGUCUGCUUGCUGAGAGUGCCCCUGCCAUUCAUUCUUUACUUGCUGUCUUCUGCUAUAAGCCUUUUGAUGCCAAAGUUGACUGGAGUUUUGUGGCGAAAGCUUCUCCCUGUUAUAUGACUUAUCUAAAAGAUUCCAUCGAUGGAAUUGUCAACUUCUUUGGAAGCAGCACUGCUGUGAGCCAGACAGUAGCUUUGGAGACUGCAGUUGCUGUGCAGUCGACUAUUGAUGAAGUCCGACGCACGGCUCAACAAGGAAUGAGUAGAGCAUUAAAAGAUCAUGCAAGAUUUCUGCUGGACUUGGAUAUCGCUGCACCAAAAAUCACAAUUCCCACAGAAUUUCGUCCUGACAGCUCUCAUUCGACAAAGCUUCUUAUAGACCUGGGUAAUCUGGUCAUCCGUUCACAGGACGAUCAUAAGCAUGGGUUGUCAGAGGAACUGGAUAUGUAUCUGCAAUUUGAUUUAGUUUUAAGUGAUGUGUCUGCUUUGCUUGUCGAUGGUGAUUACUCCUGGAAACAACUAUCUUCCAAGAGCGCCUCCGGCUCUGGCAGCGAAGGCAGUGUUUCAGUUUUGCCCGUCAUUGAUAAGUGCGGGGUAAUCUUACAGUUUCAACAGAUUCGUACACCUAAUCCAUCCUACCCGACAACUAGACUAGCUGUGCGGCUACCAUCGAUAGGCUUCCACUUCUCCCCAGCUCGAUACCAUAGGUUGAUGCAAGUUGCACAGAUAUUUCAAAAUAAGGAUGAUGAGAGCUCUCACGUUUUCCGUCCUUGGGAAGAAGCUGAUUUUGAGGGUUGGUUGUCUCUUCUUAGUUGGAAGGGCAGGGAAGCUGUAUGGCAGCUGCGGUACUCAUACCUAGUUGGCCCUUUCAUCUAUGUGCUUGAAAGUCCUGGCUCAAAAUCUUAUAAGCACUAUUACAGUCUACGCGGGAAGCAUAUAUACCAAGUUCCCGCAGAGCUGGCAGGGGGAGCAGAGAAUGUCUUGGCCAUUCGCAGUGCUUCUCGUAUCGAUGACAAGGUAAUGGAGGAUGUUAAUGCUGUGAUAUUAAUGUUUGAUUCUGAAGACUCCAGAAACACAUGGCAUCGUCGCUUGCAGGGAGCUGUCUAUCGUGCCUCGGGUUCUGCUCCCAUAGCUGGUCUUUCUGAUACUUCAUCAGACAGCGAGGAAUCAGAAACAGACCAGAAUGAAAACCAACGUGUGUUUGAUUUAUCCAAGGUGGAGAGUGUGUUUGUUACAGGUGUGCUUGAUGAACUCAAAAUCGCUUUCAGUUAUGGUCACCAGAAUGAUCUUUCUUUCGUGGCGGUGCUUCUUGCUAAAGAGCGUAAACUGUUUGAAUUUAGGGCCAUUGGUGGCAAGGUUGAACUUUCGAUGAGAGGGAGCGAUAUGUUCAUUGGGACUGUGCUAAAAUCCUUGGAGAUAGAAGAUUUGGUGCGCCAAACUGGAUUAAGUGAGCCUUGUUAUGUGGCAAGAUCAUUUAUUCAGUCGUCAGACAUACUUCCAUCAUCUGGAGAUGUGAAGAGUCCGAAUCUUGAAGGCAGUGAUCUUACUUCUAGUGAAGGAGAGGAGAAAUUUUAUGAAGCACCUGAAACUUUGGCUGACUCCUUCGAUUAUACAUCUCUUAGGAUUCCUAGUUUUAGUCGCAUUGAAGGAUUGCUUCCUGUUGACAGCAAGGUCACGGGGCUAAGCCCUGAGACAAGCGAGUCGCUUGACAGUUUUGUGAAGGCUCAAAUUGUGAUAUACCAUCAGAGCUCUCCUCAAUAUGAAAACAUCGAUAACCAGGUUACAGUUACCUUGGCCACACUGUCAUUCUUCUGUCGGAGGCCGACGAUUCUUGCUAUAUUGGAGUUUGUAAAUGCUAUCAAUGUCGAGGAUCCAAGUUGUGAAUCUUUUGAUGACAAUUCUCCAGUAGCUGGAGGGCAUGGUACACCGACAAUAGACGGAUUUGAAGAUUCUGAUCUCAUGGAAACUAAGGACGCGGCUCUUAAGGGUCUACUGGGAAAAGGGAAAUCAAGAAUCAUUUUCAACUUGUCGUUAAACAUGGCUAGGACUCAAAUUUUCUUGAUGAAUGAGAAUGGAACAAAGCUUGCUACAUUGUCACAGGAUAAUCUGCUUACAGAUAUUAAGGUCUUCCCACGCUCGUUUAGUAUUGAAGCGGCUCUUGGAAAUUUACGAAUAAGUGAUGAUGGCCUGCCAAACAACCAUAUGUACUUUUGGAUCUGUGAUAUGAGAGACCCAAGGGGAACUUCUUUUGUUGAGUUGGCUUUCACAUCAUUCAGUGUUGACGAUGAAGAUUAUGAAGGUUAUGACUAUUGCCUUGCGGGACAGUUAUCUGAAGUCCGCAUUGUAUAUCUGAAUCGAUUUAUCCAGGAGGUUGUUGAAUACUUCAUGGGGCUUGCGCCCAGCAAUUCAACAGGUGUUGUCAAGAUAAAAGAUCAAGUAACAAACUCAGAGAAGUGGUUCACAACUAGCGAAAUUGAAGGAUCGCCUGCUGUGAAGUUGGAUCUAUCGUUGAAGAAACCUAUCAUUGUUAUGCCUCGGUGUACAGAUAGCCCUGAUUACCUGAAGCUUGAUGUUGUGCAUAUAACUGUGAACAAUACCUUUCAGUGGUUUGGUGGAGAUAAAAGCGAGUUGAAUGCAGUUCAUGUGGAAACUAUGACAAUAAUGGUCACGGAUAUCAACCUGAACGUUGCUUUUGGAGCUGAAAUAGGUGAAAACAUAAUUCAAAAUGUCAAGGGGGUUUCUGUAACCAUCCAGAGGUCUCUGCGAGAUUUGUUGCAUCAGAUACCAAGUAUUGAAUCUUCCAUUAAGGUUGAGGAACUUAAGGCAGCCCUCUCGAAUAGGGAAUACCAAAUCUUGACGGAAUGUGCACAAUCUAAUAUUUCUGAGACUCCACAUAUUGUGCCGCCAUUGAGUGGUGAAAUUGUGCCAUCUUCGACCAGCUCAAGGGAUAAUUUUAUUCCCAAGGUUUCUGAUGCUGCUCAAACAGAAAAAAGUGAAGCUUGGAUAUCAAUGAAGGUUACCGUCGACAUCAAUCUGGUUGAGUUGUGUUUGUUUACUGGGACUGCAAGAGAUGCGUCUCUGGCUGUUGUACAGAUCAGUGGUGGAUGGCUUCUGUACAAGUCCAAUACUAAGGGUGAAGGUUUCCUUACAGCAACGUUGAAGGGAUUUGGUGUUAUUGAUGAUCGUGAAGGAACUGAAAAAGAAUUCAGGCUUACUGUUGGAAGACCUGGAUUUAUAGAUUUUGGCGAUUCACGUUUUCCAACUGAUGGGGGUCAGAGGUUGGCUGAGUCACGUAUAAUCAAGGGGGGUGAUAAUAGGCCAUUUCCUUCGAUGCUUAUACUUGAUGCUCAAUUUGGUCAGUUGUCAACUUCUGUGUCCAUCUGUAUUCAGAGGCCACAGCUGCUUGUUGCUUUGGAUUUUCUACUAGCUGUAGUUGAGUUUUUUGUUCCAACAAUGGGUGGUGCACUUUCAAGUGAAGACGAAAAUAAUCCCUAUGUGCUAGAUGCAAUUAUCAUGGAUCAGCCCAUUUACGAGCAACAAACUGCUGAAAUCUCCUUUUCUCCUCAGAGUCCUUUGAUCGUUGAAGAUGAAAGAUAUGAUCAUUUUGUUUAUGAUGGUAAUGGAGGAACAUUAUUCCUGAAAGAUAGACAUGGAAGUAUCCUUUCUUCAAUUGGCCCAGAGCCUGUUAUAUACAUUGGGAGUGGGAAAAGAUUGCAAUUCAGGAAUGUUGUCAUUAAGAACGGCCAAGUUUUGGAUUCUUGUAUCUCAUUGGGAGUCAACAGCAGUUAUUCUGCUUCAAGGGAGGAUGGAGUUAAAUUGGAAACAUAUAAUGAAACCCCACAGCUAGACCAUGAAAGGAAGAAAGACUCUGUUUCUCAAUCUCCUAACUCCGCAGCUGAGAGGUCCUCGGAGUUGAUAAUUGAAUUUCAGGCCAUUGGCCCAGAACUAACUUUCUACAACACAUCAAAAGAUGUAGUUAAAUCACCAGUCCUCUCUAACAAGCUUUUGCAUGCUCAGUUAGAUGCCUUUGGCAGGGUUGUUCUGAAAAACGAUGAAAUAGAAAUGUGUGCUAACACGUUUGGCCUGACAAUGGAGAGCAACGGAGUGAAAAUUUUGGAGCCUUUUGACACCUCAGUAAAGUAUUCGAGUGCUUCUGGGAGGACCAACUUACAUCUUUCAGUUUCAGACAUAUUCAUGAACUUUUCCUUCAGCAUCUUGAGAUUGUUUUUAGCUGUUGAAGAAGACAUUAUAUCAUUUCUAAGGAUGACAUCCAGAAAAAUGACUGUUGUCUGCUCAGAGUUUGAUAAAGUUGGAAAUAUGAGAAAUCCAUGCACAGAUCAGAUAUAUGCAAUAUGGAGACCCCAUCCACCACCUGGUUUUACUAGCCUCGGCGACUAUUUGACACCAUUGGACAAACCGCCAACUAAAGGGGUUCAUGUUGUCAAUACCAAUUUGGUGAGAGUGAAGAGACCCGUAUCUUUCAAAUUAGUUUGGCCACCUUUAGGUUCCGAGAACAUAGCUGACUCUUCACCAAAUGACGGAGAUGGAACAAGCUCUUGUUCCAUAUGGUUUCCUGAAGCACCAAAGGGUUUUGUGGCGUUAGGUUGUGUGGUGUCAGCUGGAAGCACACCGCCGCCACUGUCUUCUGCCUUCUGCAUCCUGGCUUCUUCCGUUUCCCCUUGCUCUCUCAGAGACUGUAUAGCUAUCAGCUCCACAGAUAUAUCGGCAUCAAGUCUGGCAUUUUGGCGUGUGGAUAACUCUGUUGGCAGUUUCUUGCCUGCCGAUCCCACUACUUUUAGCUUAUUGGGCAGACCAUAUGAGCUGCGUCAUAUAUUGUUUGGAUCUCCUGGUGUCUUGCCAAAAGGUUCUGGAUACUCGGAUUUUCGUGCUUCUCCUGAUAAUGUUCAGUCCACACCGCCUCAAGCAUUGAGUGCUAUUAAUUCCGGGCAGCAGUUUGAAGCUGUUGCCACCUUUCAAUUAGUAUGGUGGAAUAGAAGCACAGGCUCAAGGAAGAAAGUAUCUAUAUGGCGGCCAAUAAUUUCUGAAGGGAUUGUUUAUUUUGGAGAUAUAGCUGUUAGCGGGUAUGAACCUCCAAACUCUUGUGUGGUUCUUCAUGAUAUUGGUGAGCAAGAAUUCCUCACAGCCCCCGUCGAUUUCCAACUCGUUGGACGUGUCAAGAAACAGAGAGGAGUAGAAAGUAUAUCUUUCUGGAUGCCUCAAGCUCCACCUGGCUUUGUUUCCUUGGGUUGUAUCGCAUGUAAAGGUUCACCAAAGCAAUAUGAUUUCAGCAAAUUAAGAUGUGUUCGCAGUGAUAUGGUUGCUGGUGAUCAAUUUGCAGAAGAUAGUUUGUGGGACACUUCUGAGGUCUGGCAGAGGAUAGAACCAUUUAGUAUCUGGAGCAUAGGCAAUGAGUUGAAGACCUUUAUUGUCCGCAAUGGCUUCAAAAGACCGCCAAGAAGGUUCGCAUUAAAGCUCGCGGAUCAGGAUUUGCCAGGUGAAUCAGAUGACAUGGUUAUUCAAGCAGAAAUUCGGACUUUUUCUGCUUCACUUUUCGAUGACUAUGGGGGACUGAUGGUUCCACUGGUUAACUUAUCGCUCAGUGAUAUAGGAUUCGGAUUGCUGGGCAAAGCUAACAAUACAAAGUCAACUGUCAACUUCUCUUUAGCUGUCAGAUCAUAUAACGAUAAGUUUGAAGCAUGGGAGCCUCUCAUUGAGCCCACACAUGGAUUUUUAAGGUAUCAGUUCAACCCUAAAUCCCUUGGUGCGGUUUCUCAGUUACGCUUGACAUCUACAAAGGAUCUCAAUGUGAAUGUCUCAGUUUCAAAUGCUAAUACAAUUAUCCAGGCGUAUUCUAGUUGGAGCAACCUUAGCAAUGUCCAUGAACACCAUAAAGAAAGAGAGCUAUAUCCUCCAACUAACAAUGGAAGAUCUAUCAGUGAGGUUCAUCAGAAGAGAAACUAUUUCAUUAUCCCCCAAAAUAAGCUUGGGCAAGACAUAUACAUCAGAGCCACCGAAAUUAAAGGAUUUAAAGAUAUAGUCAGGAUGCCAUCAGGAGACAUGAAACCUGUUAAAGUCCCUGUCUUAACCAAUAUGUUGGAUUCUCACAUGAGAGGAGAACUCUGCAGGAACCCUAGAACAAUUGUUACAGUUAUUGUGAUGGAUGCACAGCUUCCAGGAAUUGUUGGGUUAUCUUCUCACCAAUACACUGCAGUUAUCCGUCUUACUUGCAAUCGGAGUUCUCCUGUUGAAUCAGUGCUCCGACAGCAAAGUGCGCGUACAUGUGGAAGCAUCUCGAGUUUGUUUUCAUCUGAGCUUGAGCUGGUUAACUGGAAUGAGAUCUUUUUCUUCAAAAUUGAUUCUGCGGAUGACUAUGUCUUGGAAUUAAUGGUGACUGAUGUAGGAAAAGGUGCAUCCAUUGGAUCUUUUUCGGUUCCUCUAAAUCAGAUAGCUGGAUACAUUAAUGACAACCUAGACCAGCACAACUAUGUCGAUGACCUUGUUUGGAUAGAGUUGUUUUCAACUGAAACCAUGGGUGCGAACCAAGUGGAACCGGGAAAGAAAUGCGGAAGAAUAAGAUGUGCCAUAUUGUUGCCAGCGAAAUCAAAGGCGGGGGACCCAGGUAAAUUCUCCAGCGUAAGAAAGUCUGGGUUUAUUCAAAUAAGUCCUAGCAUAGAAGGUCCUUGGACGACAGUGAGGUUGAAUUACGCUGCACCCGCUGCCUGCUGGCGAUUGGGAAAUGAUGUGGUUGCAAGUGAAGUUAGUAUGCAAGAUGGCAACAGAUAUGUGAAUGUCAGAUCUCUAGUUUCAGUGUGUAACAGCACCGAUUUCCUGCUAGAUUUAUGCCUUCAGCCAACAGUUGGAAGCAUAAUUCAAGAUCUACCUAUUGGACCGCUCAAACCUGGUGAUACUUUACCGGUUCCUCUAUCAGGCUUGACACAAUCUGCUUCAUAUGUUUUGAAACUGAAGUGCAUGAUGCUUGAUGGAUCUGAUGAAUACUCUUGGAGUUCUGUGGUGUCCGGGCCUGCUGAAGCAGAGGCUCCUUCUGAACCAGGGUCAGAAAUAUGUAUAUCGGCUCUUACAGAAUCUGAGCACUUGCUUUGUUGUAGUCAGAUAAGCAGUACUUCUUCUGGAGGUCCGCAAAAGUUGUGGUUCUGUUUGAAUGUACAAGCAACAGAAAUUGCAAAGGAUAUACGCUCUGAUCCUAUUCAAGAUUGGACCAUUAUAAUCAGAGCACCAUUGUCUAUAGCAAAUUGUCUUCCUUUUGGAGCUGAGUGCUCGGUGCUAGAGAUGCAACCAAGUGGUCAUUUUGUUGGCCGCCACAGAGGAGUCUUUGGUUCUGGAGAUACUGUGAAGGUGUAUAGCGCCGACAUAAGGAGCCCCUUAUACCUUUCUUUGCUUCCGCAAAGAGGAUGGCUGCCAAUGCAUGAAGCUGUUCUUAUGUCUCAUCCCCAUGGUGUCCCUUCAAAGACAAUUGGGCUAAGGAGUUCUGCCACCGGAAGGAUUGCUCAAGUAAUUCUUGAGCAGAAUUAUAAUGAACAGCAGCAAGUGCUGGCAAAGAUAAUCAGAGUCUAUGCUCCAUACUGGUUUUCGAUUGCUCGGUGUCCCUCGCUUACACUCCGGCUUCUAGAUCUGACUGGAAAGAAGCAAACGAGAAAAGUUAGCUUUCCAUUUCGAAACAAGAAGAAUAAUGAAGUAGUCCUAGAGGAGGUAACUGAAGAGGAAAUAUAUGAAGGCCAUACAAUUGCUUCUGCUUUGAAUUUUAAGCUGCUGGGGCUCUCAGUGUCAAUAUCUCAGUUUGGCAGUCAGCAGCAUGGACCUACUAAAGAUCUUUCUCCCCUUGGAGACAUGGAUGGAUCUUUGGAUGUGGAUGCUUAUACCACUGAAGGAAAAUGUAUGCGGCUCUUUUUGUCGACAAAACCAUGCGCUUUCCCGUCAGUUCCCACAAAGGUCAUAUCUGUUAGACCGUUCAUAACUUUCACAAACAGGAUUGGUGAAGACGUAUAUAUUAAGAUGAACAGCAAAGAUGAACCAAAAGUACUCCGUGUUUAUGAUUCGAGAGUCUCCUUUGUUUCUCAACCAGGUGGCAGGGAUGAACUCCAGGUUCGGUUGAAAGAUACAGACUGGUCUUUUCCAGUUCAAAUUGUUCGAGAGGACACGAUUGUUCUUGUCUUAAGGAGUCAGAAAGGUAAAAGAAGAUUUGUGAAGACAGAGAUACGGGGAUUUGAAGAAGGAUCACGUUUUGUAGUCGUAUUUCGACUAGGACCAAGUGAUGGUCCUAUCAGGGUUGAGAAUAGAACAACUGCCAAAAGGAUCAGUGUCCGCCAAUCUGGGUUUGGUGAAGAUUCAUGGAUUUUGUUCGGACCCCUUUCCUCAGAAAAUUUUUGUUGGGAAGAUCCCUAUGGCCAGAAAUUUUUGGAUGCUAAGGUCGAAGCUGGUUACCGUUCUGGGAUUUUUAAGUUAGACAUGGAAAAAGGUGUAGCAGAUUUGGAAUUGUUCAGGGAACUAGAAAUAAGAUUCCAUGUUAUAGAAAAAGGUGACAUCAAGAUUGCUAGGUUCACGGAUGAUGACAGAGCCUCCCAAAGUCGUGACGAAAUCAUACCUCUGACAUCUGUUGGGGAUCAUGGAAAUUCUCAUUCCCAUACAGCAACAGACCACAAGAGCGCAACUAUGGAGUUUAUACUUGAAAUGGGCUUAGUGGGAAUCUCUCUGGUAGACCACAGGCCGAAAGAGCUUUCAUAUUUGUACCUAGAAAGAGUGUUCAUAUCAUACUCUGCAGGAUAUGAUGGGGGAAGAGCAAGCAGGUUCAAAGUCAUACUGGGCCAUUUGCAGAUUGAUAAUCACCUGCCUCUAUCUAUCAUGCCUGUACUACUGGCACCAGAUAACACUGGAGAUAAUCAUCAACCGGUGCUUAAGAUGACGAUUACAAUGUGUAACGAUGAAACUGACGGCAUUCAGGUCUAUCCAUAUGUAUAUGUACGGGUGACGGAGAAUACUUGGAGACUAAACAUUCAUGAGCCAAUCAUUUGGGCGUUAGCUGACUUCUACGAUAAGCUUCAGUUGGAUCGCAUACCCAAGAGUUCUAGUGUUGCUCAAGUUGAUCCUGAGAUUAGAAUAAACCUCAUUGAUGUUUCAGAAGUAAGAAUCAAAAUCGCACUGGAAACAGCACCAGCUCAGAGACCCCAUGGAGUUCUUGGUGUGUGGAGCCCUAUUCUGUCUGCUGUUGGCAAUGCGUUUAAAAUUCAGGUUCAUCUGAGGAGGGUAAUGCACAAAGACAGAUUCAUACGGAAAAGUUCGAUAGUUCCAGCCAUUGGGAAUCGCAUAUGGAGAGAUCUGAUCCACAAUCCUUUGCAUUUGAUUUUCUCUGUUGAUGUGUUGGGUAUGACAAGCUCAACACUGGCUUCUCUUAGUAAAGGGUUUGCUGAGCUUUCAACUGAUGGUCAAUUCCUGCAACUACGAGCUAGACAGGUUUGGUCGAGGAGAAUCACCGGUGUCGGCGAUGCAAUUGUUCAAGGAACCGAAGCCCUGGCACAAGGUGUUGCCUUUGGGGUAUCAGGAGUUGUGACGAAACCUGUAGAGAGUGCAAGACAGAAUGGUCUUUUGGGGUUUGCCCAUGGGAUAGGACGUGCUUUCCUAGGAUUCUUCGUCCAACCAAUGAGUGGUGCAUUAGAUUUUUUCUCCUUGACCGUUGAUGGUAUUGGAGCUAGCUGUACCAGAUGCUUGGAGAUCUUGAAUAACAGGACUGCAUUGGAGAGAAUUCGGAAUCCCCGAGCUAUUCAUGCAGAUUGUAUUCUCCGGGAGUAUGAUGAAAAGGAAGCUUUAGGCCAGACGGUUCUUCACCUAGCAGAAACAAGUCGGCAUUUUGGCUGCACCGAGAUCUUCCGGGAACCCUCGAAAUUUGCACUUUCGGAUUAUUACGAAGAGCAUUUCAUCGUUCCAUACAAGCGCAUCGUCAUGAUGACCAACAAAAGGGUUAUGUUAUUACAGUGUUCUGAUCUGGAUAAGAUGGAUAAGAAACCCAGCAAGAUCAUGUGGGAUGUGCCUUGGGAGGAGCUUAUGGCAUUGGAGUUGGCAAAGGCUGGGAGCCAACGACCCUCGCAUCUGAUAUUGCAUCUGAAGAAUUUCCAGAGAUCUGAGAAUUUUGCUCGGGUUAUAAAGUGCAACGUGGUCGAAGAAUCAGAUGGAACUGAACCUGAAGCUGUUCGGAUCUGUUCAGUUGUGCGCAAAAUGUGGAGAACACAUCAAUCUAACAUGAAAAACCUGGUUCUCAAGGUUCCUUCAAGCCAAAGGCAUGUGUAUUUUGCUUGGACCGAAGCUGAUGGAAGAGAACCAAAAACUUACAACAGCAAGGCUAUUACUAGGUCAAGGGAGCUUGCUUCUUCGAGUUCUAUUUCCAGUGAAAGGAAGUUCGUUAAACACAGCAUCAACUUUUCAAAAAUCUGGAGCAGUGAGCGGGAAUCUAAAGGCAGAUGUUCUUUGUGCAAAAAGCAGGCUCCAGAAGAUGGAAACUUGUGCACUAUCUGGAGGCCUAGCUGUCCAGACGGAUUUGUGUCGGUGGGAGAUGUAGCUCAUGUGGGUAGCCAUCCUCCGAAUGUUGCAGCUGUUUACCAUAACACCGAUGGACUCUUUGCACUUCCUGUUGGUUAUGACCUCGUGUGGAGGAACUGCGUAGAGGACUACGUGAAUCCGGUAUCGAUAUGGCAACCGAGGGCACCGGAAGGGUACGUGUCUACGGGCGGUGUAGCAGUGGCUGGUUUCGACGAGCCGGAGCUUAACACAGUCUACUGCAUAGCAGAGUCAAUGGCCGAGGAGACGGAGUUCGAGGAACAGAAGGUUUGGUCGCCAGUGGACUCAUAUCCGUGGGGAUGCCACCUCUACCAAGUUCGUAGUGACGCUCUCCUAGGAUUCUUCGUCCAACCAAUGAGUGGUGCAUUAGAUUUUUUCUCCUUGACCGUUGAUGGUAUUGGAGCUAGCUGUACCAGAUGCUUGGAGAUCUUGAAUAACAGGACUGCAUUGGAGAGAAUUCGGAAUCCCCGAGCUAUUCAUGCAGAUUGUAUUCUCCGGGAGUAUGAUGAAAAGGAAGCUUUAGGCCAGGUACUGCCACUAUUCUUUGCCAGAGAGAUAUAAUUAUGCCAUCAAAAA